UUACACUUAGAAGGCUUAGCGUCGACUUCGUGGAAUCUGCUUUCUUAAAAAAAGUUAGUGCCGAUCGGCUGCAAUAAUAAGGCCAGUAAAAUGGGCGACCGCUACAACAUUCACAGCCAGUUGGAGCACCUUCAGAGCAAAUACAUCGGGACGGGGCACGCGGACACCACGAAGUACGAGUGGCUAACGAACCAACACCGGGACUCGCUCGCAACCUACCUGGGUCACUACGAUAUGCUGAGCUACUUUGCGGUGGCCGAAAACGAAUCCAAAGCACGGAUUCGCUUCAACAUUAUGGAGAAAAUGUUACAACCGUGCGGUCCUCCGCCGGAAAAACCGGAAGAUUAAAAUAAAUUCGUCCGAUGGACUCCGAUCGAU